CCGCCCGUAUCACUUGCACCGGCGAAAUAUCAAUCCCAAUCCUGAGAUGGCUUGAAGCAACUGAUGCUGGCAAGGCGUUCAUUCGUACAAACAAACGCUCGCUUGAUCGGGCCUAUUGACAAGGGCUGUUUCCUGAUCCCAAAAAAGUAGCAUUAGCAUCCAACCAUCCAACCUUGUGAAAGAGCCUGGGGAAGGAUUGCACGCGGCAAGGGACACAGACAAGAAGCAUAAAAGCGACAGCGCCCCCUGGCCAUUAGGACUGCAACCUUUCUUUUUCUCUCUCUUCACCUCCUCAUCUCACUCGCAGUCAAAUACUCGGCUCUCCCUCGCAUCGAAAGACGGGGGCAUUGCAGAGUUUCCCCUCCCCAUCAACCUCUCUCUCACACACAACUUGAAGAGCUGGUCUGGCCGAGAGGCUAGAGAUACCCCCCGUUACAAUGGGCGAAAAGGACGACAUCCACACCCAUGAGGAGCUCGACCAUGGAGAACUCCAAACCAAGGUCGUGAGCGGACACACGGCCUUUCAGGAGGCCAUGAUGAAGGAGCCGCCAAGGGCCUGGACCACGGCUCAGCUGCUCAUCUACUCCUUCUCCAUCAUUGCAUUUUUCUGCAGUACCAUGAACGGCUAUGAUGGUUCGCUCAUCAACAACCUGCUGCAGAACCCCUGGUUCCAGAAGAAGUACAUCGAGGGCGGCAACGAUGGCAUCUGGGCCGGCAUUGUCUCGUCCAUGUACCAGAUUGGUGGUGUCGUCGCGCUUCCCUUUGUCGGCCCUGCCAUUGACGGAUUCGGCCGUCGCGUGGGCAUGCUCCUGGGUGCCAUCUUCAUCGUCGUUGGUACCAUUGUCCAGGGUGUGUCCAACUCCCAGGGCCAGUUCAUGGGAGGCCGAUUCUUGCUUGGUUUCGGUGUCUCCAUUGCGGCGGCGGCAGGCCCCAUGUACGUUGUUGAGAUUAACCACCCUGCCUACCGUGGACGUGUUGGAGCCAUGUACAACACCCUGUGGUUCUCUGGUGCCAUCAUCUCGGCCGGUGCUGCCCGAGGCGGCCUCAACGUCGGUGGUGACUACUCGUGGCGACUCAUUACCUGGCUCCAGGCCCUCUUUGCCGGUCUCAUCUGCAUCUUCGCCAUGUUCCUCCCCGAAUCCCCCCGAUGGCUCUACGUGAACAACAAGAAGGAGCAGGCCAAGGCCGUCCUCACCAAGUAUCACGGCAACGGCAACCCCGACUCUCCCUGGGUCCAGUUGCAGCUCUUUGAGUACGAACAGCUCCUCAACAUGGACGGUGCCGAUAAGCGCUGGUGGGAUUACCGGGCGCUUUUCCGCAGCCGCUCUGCCGUCUACCGUCUCCUUUGCAACAUCACCAUCACCGUCUUUGGUCAAUGGGCCGGCAAUGCCGUGCUGUCCUACUUCCUCGGCUCGGUCCUCGACACGGCCGGUUACACUGGAUCCAUUCAGCAGGCCAACAUCACCCUCAUCAACAACUGCCAGCAGUUUGCCUGGGCCAUCCUUGGUGCCUUUUUGGUCGACCGUGUGGGUCGUCGCCCCCUGCUGCUCUUCUCUUUUGCCGCCUGUGUCGUCGUCUGGAUGGGCAUGACCAUUGCCUCUGCGCGCUUUGCGGCUUCUCAAACCGGCGUCGACGCCGACGGCAACGCCAUCUACAACAACCCUGCGGCAUCCAAGGCCGCUUUGGCCAUGAUUUUCAUCUUUGGUGCCGUCUACUCUGUCGGAAUCACCCCCCUGCAGGCCCUGUACCCCGUCGAGGUGCUCUCCUUCGAGAUGCGUGCCAAGGGUAUGGCCUUCUCCAGCUUUGCCACCAAUGCCGCUGGUCUCUUGAACCAAUUUGCCUGGCCCGUGUCCAUGAAGAAGAUUGGCUGGCACACGUACAUCAUCUACACCAUCUGGGAUCUUGUCCAGGUGACUGUUGUCUACUUUUUCAUCCCCGAGACCAAGGGACGCACUUUGGAAGAGCUUGACGAAAUCUUCGAGGCCAAGAACCCGGUCAAGGCGUCGACCGCCAAGAAGUCCGUUGCCGUGGACAGCCACGGUGGCAUCGUUAAUAUCGAGAAGGCAUAAGGCGUGGAGGAUUUACUUGUCAUUACGACCCACCAUUAAAAAACACUAAUACCAGGGCAGUUGUACGCAGGAAUUGAGGCUGAAUUGGUUGAUGGUUGCUUGCGUUUCCACGGGACGGUCUUUUUUGGGAUGGAAAGGAAUUGCGUUUUUGCCAUUUUACUGUUUGUUUUCACGUAAUGAUAUGAGGCUAUGAGAGGGGGGCCAGAGCGCAACAAUGCAACAUUCGGAAUGACAACUGCCAA